CAGGAGGCGGGGAAUGAGAUAUGUUUCUGCUACUGGAACUUUGAUCACAGUCUUGUAGAAAUUAUCUUUCUAUAUAAACAGUGAGCAGUCUUGUACUUGAGUGUUAAAAUUACAAUUCAGUCACAUUAAACACAUUUCUGAGGUCAGGCCCUAGUAUUUAACUACCGUGUAUGGUGAGAGAUGGAGUCCUGAGUCCUGAAACAACUUACACAUGUAUGUUGAGACACAUCCAAUUUAUACACUGAAAUCAGCUAUAGCUCUGAGAAAACCAGCUCCUACUUGAGUCUUGCUUCUACUUGCUCCAUUCCCACCCUUUCUGGUAGAAUGGCGUGCUCACAUGUGCAUGCUUAUAGUGUAUCUUUUUUGUGCCAGGCCUGUGCCAGAUGGAGAAGAUGGAAAGAGUCCUCAGAAACAGCUGUGGUCCUCAAGGAGCCUCACAUUCCUGUCCAGUGGGGGAGGUAGAUAUGUGAAAGGAAAGUCUUAAAAUGUGUAGCAGAUAUAGUGAUCAGUUUGUGAGGAGUGGAUUUAGGGAGCCCAUGAGAGAUCUAGGAUCCAGGAAGCCUUCCUGGAGGAGGAGUUAACUACAGCCUGGGCUGAAUGGGAUGAGCAGAUUGGGGAAGGAGCUGAGGGAGGGAGGCAUAAUGCAGGUGGAUUCAGCCAGAUUGAGUAAGCACAGGUGGGGAGACAGACUUUAGCUCCGGGACCCUAGGGACUCUGAACACUUCUGCAUGGCAUAGCUCCCAGAUUAUCAUUUAUGACUGUUGUGUGUCUAGAGCAGUGGUUUGGCCUGAGUAUCACUUGGGGAUUUGUUGGAAGAGCAAAUUCUAGGGCUUUCUCUCAGACCUAUGGAGAAUUGCAGAGGUCCAGAGUUUGAGAAGCACUGUUCUAGUACAUGUGCUUUCAGGAGGUCCUAAAUAGUUAUUCUUCAUGGCUACACGAUAAGGUUUUCAGAGAGUGAAAACUCUGAUCCUACCUGGUUGGAUUGGGUAGGAUUUUCCUCAAGUCCACAGCUGUCCACAUGUCCUGCAUUUCUUUGCCAAGUGUAUGUACUUUCUCACAAUUUCUCCCUGCCCCCCACUUCAUUUCAUUGCCCAUUAGUGUUUUAUAUUAUUUCUGUAACACCUCCAUCUUUCCUGAUUUUUUAGUGUUGGCAGUAGUCAAACUGAGUUCAGAUCUUAACUCUGCUAUGUGACCUUGGGAAGGUAUUAAUUACCCUUUCUGUGCCUCAGUUGCCUUAUCUGAAAAAUGUAGGUGGGAACAAUACCCAGCCUUUUGGUAGCAUUUCAAACUUCACUGCACAUUUGAAUUAGCCAGGUUUUUUUUUUUUUAAAAGUUGAUUCCUACUCCCUCCCCAAAUACUAUGAUUGGUUUUGGGUGUGACCUAAGCAUUGAAAUUUUUAGCAGCUUCCCAUGUGCAGGGAGGUUUGGGAAUCACUGUGCUCAGCUGUUGGGAGGAUGAAAUGAGUCCAUUCUUGCUUAGCAGAGUGCCUGGCGCAAUAAUUGCUUCGUAUACAUGUGCUGGAGGAGACUCUGAUGGUUUUAUGGCAACAAGAGGGGAAAGUGAGCCAUUUCAGUUGUUUGAUGAAUACUUGUUAAUUGUCAAAUGCCUGUUGGUUUGGAAAUCUCUGGUGGUCCCGUCUUUUGUUCUGAGAGUUGAGAGGUGAAAUAGCCCAGUGCCAUGGAUCUCCACAUCUAAUUCUCUAAGCCCUCUCUUUGCAAGGGUCAUGCUGUAAACAGAGCGUGUCCUCCCCCACAGCCUUCUCAGCCCUGGGCACCAUUUUCCCAAUUCUCUAUGGAAAAACUUCAAUUUUUGGAAUAUAACCAUUCUAAAAUCAUGAAGUAGCAAUGCUUUACAACAUGGCUGGGGAGUACUUAAUAUUUGGGGACCAUUACUGUCUACGUUUUUCAGAUAAGGCAGUUGAAACACAGAGCGGUAAAUGCCUUCCCAAGGUCACAGAGUUAGCAAGCAGCAGAGUUGGGAUCUGAACCCAGUUUAUUUUGUACCAGUUCUAAUCUGUCAUUUGUACCUAAAUGCCAGUUUUCAAACCUGGAAUAAAUCUUUAGACUUCAUCUCUUUGGCAUGGUUCUAUUUUCUGGGAUCUAAAUGUCACUAUGUCCUAAAUUAUGUAUUUCUAACCAUUACUUGUAAAGAUGUAUAAUCUUUUUGCAUGCCCUGUCUUGUCACAUACAUUAAAUCAACGUUUAUUCAUUGUUUUAUUAAUUUGACAACUAUUGAUAAGUACCUGCUUUGUACCAAAAGAGCCAAGCUAGCAAGUUUAUUUCUUCCCUUCCUCCUUUGGAGGGACAAACAUGUCUCUGUCUCUAUCAGCAUGUGUAAGUAUUUCGGUUUUGAUUUAUAACUGCAGUCUUUUCUAUACCUGUCUUUUUUGGUGACAUAAUUCUUCCACUUUUAAUAAUGGAACAUCUGAAGGACAUUUUUCCUGUUGACUUCAUGGGCCUUCCUUGAAGCCUGCUGAGAUUAAUUAAGCCAAACCCCAUGCAACAAUUAUUCUAAUUUAUCCUGGCAAGUUAUUAAAAUGUAGGUUGCCUGGGACCAGGAGGCUUGAGUAAGUGAGCAAUAGUUAGUACCCUCAGAAGGAAAUGGGUGAUGCAGAUUGAGUUCUGUGGGUUAGUCCUAUCUUUCAGUCUACAACCAGUCCUCUUAGUGUGGCCAAACUAAACAAAGAAAUGAGAAAUAAGUGAAUUCAUAUCUCAGGUUUCUGAUUUGUGCUCUUUCUGUGAAAAAGAGUACAUGUUUGGUUUUGUUUUCUGUGUCAGGCAUGCAAGUAAUUGGUGUUUACUGUGAGAUUGGCCCUGGGACAUUUAAGUGUGUGCUGCAAAUGGAAAUAAUUGAUUCACUAUAUUUGUUCUGCUGCCCGAUUACUAAGUGAAAACCUACCACUGGGGAAACUUUCGUAGAGCCAGCACACAAGUGGCUCAGUAUUAUGGUAAAGACUAGCCUCCAUUGUGUGGUCUUACCAUUAUCACUGCAGUUACUCUCGGACUGAAUAGGCUUUAGAAAUACAGGCCUUCAAAGGACUUGCCCUUGCUUAAAUGUUCCAUGGAUCCUUCUGAAAUAACAUCCCCCAAGUCCUCGUUGAAAACAGUAAAGAAGGCGAGGCUAUAUUAAUAUCUACAAGCUUUAGUUCUAUUCGGAAGGAUUAUAUAUUCAAAAUGAGAACAGUUCGAAGUACAUUUAGGUUUUAAACAUUUGAGGUUAACAAUCUGAAAUGCGCUAGGAAAAAUAAGCAAAAUAUUUUCUAAAAUGGUAUGUUUUAAAAUCUGCUAGACCUGUUUUCUCUACCUUUGAGUUUUCUGAAACAAAUCUAAACUUCCCCAGUGAUUGCUUGGCUCGUCUUAACUGAGGAGCCUACUUGUUUUACCAAAUCCGGUUUCAGAUCUACCAUUAAAGACUGCUCUCUGUGACCUUAGGCCACUUCUCCAAAACUAUUGCGUCCUGUACUUCCUGGAAAAGGAUUGCGUACUUUAUGUGCCAGCUUCGGUUCCUGGCCAUGAUCUGUGGUGUGCUUGUGCACAUGUACUUGUGUGUGUGUGUGUGUGUGUGUGUGUGUGUGUGUGUAGGGGAGGGUGUAUAUGCUGGAGCCAAAACCACAUACUGUGUUCUGACAGUGUGACAUAGAGUGAGCUCCUCAUUACAUAAAGUUCCCUUCUAAGUUGAGUCUUAGACUCCUGGCCUCACUAAGUAAAUGAAUGAAUUCUGGAUUGUGGAAUUGUGAAUAAGGAAAGUGGCAGCUUCUCUUGAACUCUUAGUUUUUUAAUGACAAGACAUGCAAAGGUGUGGGUAAGACGAGUGAUUUAUAAAUGUGCAGCUUGUGGAAUCAGGCUUUCUGGGUCGUAUUUGUAUCUCCAAGUGCGGUCCUUACCACCCGGCGUUGGUAUAAACAGCUCUUGCUCAGUGUUGAGUCGCCUGGAGGCAGGUGCUUGUCUCCAGGCUUAGCCUUGGAAAUGCCACACGCACCUGGCUGAGCAUCCUGUGCUUCUGCAAGUCGGGAUGGCUUCUGGAUAAUGACAAUGCUCUGCUCCUUGAGACGUAGGGACCAUUCAUUCAUAAAUGCAGACCCAGUUUGGGCCAGGGUGAGGCACUGUACUGAGGGCACAUGGACAGGGUCAAGUCUAAGUUGUAACUCUGGCAGAGCUUAGCCCUCCUGCCCCCUGCGAGUCUCACCUUUUCUCAUUAGAUCUCACUCUUGGAUGGGAGGAGAGUGAUGAAGAUUCACUUCCUCUCGGCUUUGCUCUCUGGGCUAGAAUCCUCUUCCAGGGCAGUGACACUCAGAAGGGAGAGGGCAGUGGCCACCAGUGAAGAGCCUGAUGUGCACAGCAGGUGUGAAAGCCAGGCUGGCAGCAGCCUGGGAGAUGAAGGUCUGCAUCCGGGGCCUGUGGACACGGAUGUGCAGGUGGGUUUGAACCCUACUGCCUUGUGGCCACGGACUCACAGUCCCGAGAACAUGACAACAGCCCAGAAUGGCCACGGGCAACUUGCUGCAAUCCCGUGUUCUGUCUCUGAUCCCAAAGACCCCAAAAUGGUGACUUACCCGGCGUGUCAGAAUGGAGGAUGCAGCAGCAGCUACUGCGGGGAGGCAGAAGCCCAGGAGGCCAGACUCAGCCCUGCUAAGCUCAUGCGCCUCUUCUCCGUGAGCAGGAAGAGGACUGGCACCAACCCGGAGAGGCCCCGCUCCAUGGUCUUGAUGGGAAAUUCCUCUACCUGGAAUGCCCUUGCCUCCUUUCGGAAAAUGGGAUCUUUCAAAAAAUUGAAGUCCUCCGUCCUUCAAGGAAUUCAGAACCGAGAGGGGUCAGAUGUGCCAAGGGAAGACCCUCCAGAACGUGACCCGGGGAAACCCAUCUCAAACGGUGCUGCAAUCGGAAUGCAAACCAGCAGGUGCCCCAACUCGGGACCAGCAAGUGAUGCCCCGAAGGCAGGGCCAGGGGGCGUGUCGGACUGCUCGGACCCCGAGGAGGCCGAUGAUGCCUUCCAGAGGAGCACCCAUCGGUCCCGAAGCAUCCGCCGUGCCUAUGGCCUGGGCCGCAUCAGUCUCCUGGAUGGUGACAAGCAUCCAGGGUCCCAGAGCCAUGUCCGGCCGCUGGCCCCCUGCCCCCAGGAGCCCACCGUGUGUGAGAUCCUCGUGAAAGACUCCGAGAACAACAGCAUCAUCUACAGGAAAAGCAAGAGCACGGAUAACUUGAACUUUCUGAAGAAGAGCUCCUUCAAGCGGAAGUCCACCUCAAAUCUCAUGGACCUCAAGGGGGCGCAGGAAAAGCCCGCGCCCCGACGGACGCUAAGCAGUUCAUCGGCCGACUCGGAGAAGUUCGGUGGCUCCGAGAGGAGGACGAAGCGCUGGAAGAGCCCACUGCGGGCCAAGGACUUUGACCGCGUCCUGAGGUUUGUGAGCAGCGCCACGGACGCGGCCUGGAGGAAAGAGAGCCCCAGGAGCGGGGCGCCCUCGCCGGGCGAGGCGAGCCAGAGGCUGCAGGUGCACAGCCGGCUGCACGACGCUUACUCCCGCCGCGUGUCCACCAGCGCGGAGCGCGAGUGGAGGAGGUGCGCGGGCACGCACGCCGGCUCCGGCUCCGGCUCGCCCGGGGCCCCGAGCCCCCGGGUGGACGUGGACACCGCCGUCUUUCCUCUGGAAGCCCCACGCUCCUGGGCGGCAGAGAGUGCCCGUCCUUGCGCCGCCAGCGCCUCGUCGAGUCCGGUUGCCCAGGACUCCGAGGAACGCCGAGCUGGCGGCCAGUUUACGUUCGAAGCCGAGCAGCCGCUUAUCCCUCCAAGGCCUACCACGCCCAAGCCCCCUAGCCCCCACAGCCCCGGCGCGGGAAGUGCUGCGUGUCCCAACAGCCUCAGCGCGCUGUCCCUCAGCUCAGUGGACAGUGAAGAAAGGGCAGAGGGGCCUGUGACCUCCCGGGAUUCUGUGCAAGCCGCAUGUGACAAAGGCCGUGAGGACAGCGCCGGCAGCCACCCUCAGCUGAGCCCCCACCUGGCGUCGGGUGCAGAAGAAAGGAGGGAGGAGGUUGUGACAGAGGAAUCCUGGAGGCGGGACUCAUCCCGGGAUGAAGAAAGGACCGAGUCUCAGAGGAUCACCAGGAGGAAAUGGGGUUCUGGGAGAAGAGCAAGGCCUCGACCUCUCUCCGACUAUGGCCAGCUGGCCAACCGGAGUCUGUCCAUUCCUGAAGACUCAGUUGCUGUAGCCCCCCAGAAAGAAGACACUGUGGAGGGAGACCACCUGCCCAACAUGGCCUCCACGGACACUGCAGACCAGAGCGACACUGCAGACCAGAGCGCUGCUGUGGGCUGCCCCAAAGGAAGCUGGAGAAGACGCCCCAUCUCUGUGAUAGGCGGUGUCAGCUUCUAUGGGAACAGCCCGACAGAGGAAAUCGAGAGUCUUCUAACCCAACCAGCAGCCAGGCCUCCCGUGCCAGCCCACCGGGUGCUGCCCUACAAGGCGGUUUCGGCCCGUUUCCGGCCCUUCACCUUCUCCCAGAGCACCCCCAUUGGGCUGGACCGCGUGGGACGCCGGCGGCAGAUGCGAGCUUCCAAUGUCUCUUCAGAUGGAGGUACUGAGUCCGCAGCCUUAGUGGAUGACAACGGCAGUGAGGAGGACUAUAGCUAUGAAGACCUGUGUCAGGCCAACCCCAGAUACCUACAGCCAGGCGGGGAGCAGCUGGCCAUCAACGAGCUGAUCAGCGAUGGCAGUGUGGUCUGUGCAGAAGCCUUAUGGGACCAUGUGACCAUGGAUGACCAGGAACUGGGCUUCAAGGCAGGAGAUGUCAUCCAGGUCCUGGAAGCCUCUAACAAGGACUGGUGGUGGGGCCGGAAUGAGGACAAGGAGGCCUGGUUCCCCGCAAGCUUUGUCAGAUUGCGUGUCAAUCAGGAGGAGCUGUCGGAGAAUUCCAGCAGCACCCAGGGCGAGGAGCAUGAGGAAGAUGCCGGUAAGAACCGCCACAAACACUCGGAGAGCAAGCACCAGAUGAGGACCAAUGUCAUCCAGGAGAUCAUGAACACUGAACGCGUGUACAUCAAGCACCUCAAGGACAUCUGUGAGGGCUAUAUUCGACAGUGUCGCAAGCACACCGGAAUGUUCACUGUUGCACAACUAGCCACCAUUUUUGGAAACAUUGAAGAUAUUUACAAAUUCCAAAGAAAGUUCCUGAAAGACCUUGAGAAGCAGUACAAUAAAGAGGAACCUCAUUUAAGUGAAAUAGGAUCCUGCUUUCUUCAACAUCAAGAGGGCUUCGCCAUCUAUUCCGAGUACUGUAACAACCACCCAGGCGCCUGCGCGGAGCUGUCCAACCUGAUGAAGCAGGGCAGAUACCGACACUUCUUCGAAGCUUGCCGCCUGCUCCAGCAGAUGAUCGACAUCGCCAUCGACGGCUUCCUCCUCACGCCAGUGCAGAAGAUCUGCAAGUACCCUCUGCAGCUGGCCGAGCUGCUCAAGUACACCACGCCCGAGCACAGUGAUUACAACAACAUAAAGGCAGCCUAUGAAGCCAUGAAGAACGUGGCGUGUCUGAUCAAUGAGCGCAAGCGCAGGCUGGAAAGCAUAGACAAGAUAGCGCGGUGGCAGGUGUCCAUCGUAGGCUGGGAGGGGCUGGAUAUCCUAGACCGCAGCUCGGAGCUGAUCCAUUCCGGGGAGCUGACCAAGGUCACCAGGCAUGGCAAGAGCCAGCAGCGGACGUUCUUCCUGUUCGACCACCAGCUGGUGUCCUGCAAGAAGGACCUGCUGCGCAGGGACGUGCUCUACUAUAGGGGCCGCACAGACAUGGACGACGUGGAGCUAGUGGACCUGGAGGACGGCCGGGACAAGGACUGGAACCUCAGCGUGAAGAACGCCUUCAAGCUCGUCAGCAAAACCACGGACGAGGUUCAUCUGUUCUGUGCCAGAAAGCAAGAGGACAAAGUGCGGUGGCUACAGGCCUGCGAGGACGAGAGGCGGCGCGUGCGGGAGGACCGCGAGAUGGGAAUGGAAAUUUCAGAAAAUCAAAAGAAACUCGCCAUGUUAAAUGCUCAAAAGGCGGGACAUGGAAAGUCAAAAGGCUACAGCGGAUGCCCUGUGGCCCCGCCGCACCAGAACCUGCACCCCCUUCACCAGCGCCACGUCACCGUGCCCACCAGCGUCCCCCAGCAGCAGGUGUUUGCCCUGGCAGAGCCCAAGAGGAAGCCGUCGCUCUUCUGGCACACGUUCAACAAACUCACGCCUUUCAAGAAAUGAAAACCGGAGGCCACACGUUGGCUGAGGUGUCUGUAAAGAGGAGAACCAUUUCUGUUUCUCUGUGCUCAACCCAGUGCUGAGAAUUUCUUUCGGGGACCGGUGAAGAAUAGAAGUCUUGGACGUGACCGAGGUGCCUCUGAAGACCCAGCUCCUCCUAGGAAGGGAGACGGAGUCAUGACGCAUGGCCUUGAUGUCCAUGAGAUCACUCUGGGCCCUGUGCCAAGAUGGCUGGGCCGCAGGAACCAGUGACCUGCUCUGCGGUGAUGCUGAGUGGUGACCCCAGUGGGCAUCACUGAUGAUGGGCGCACGCCCUGUUGCUGUUCCUGAGGAGGGACUCGAUGACAAUGCCACUUUGGCAUGUGGAUUCAAAGGGGACAGUCCUGAUGGGGUUGGUACAGUAGCAUCUCACAGCAUGGACAAGCUGUUCCUGUCUUCACAGUAUUAGGCGACUUAGCGCCUCAGUGCAGAUGGCCAUGGUGUCCCCUGGUGUCCUCUGAAUUGUUACCAAGUGGUAGUGCCAGCUUCCCCUGGCAAGAUGCGUCCCCUACAGGCUAGAGGGAGAAGCGUGAUGAAUCCCUUCUGGGGAACACGGUCCGGGGGACUUCAGCAUCCUGAAGAUGCAGCUGCUUUCCAGGGAGAAAGUGUGAAAUCCUGCCACAGGGUAAACUGUCCUUAAGGCAGGUCCCUUCCUGCUGGUGUGUACAGCAUGUAACUCCACGGGCAGAAGUCACACUUAUGUGCACGUCGUGACCUAAGGAAUUAAUCAGACCUAUCCAUUUGCAAUAUAGAUACCCAUUUAUUUUAAUUAUCUGAUACAAACGAAACAUGCACAUGCAUCCGUGGAAGGACAUCUCAGAGCUCAGUGUGCUUUCCCACCAGUAGUUUCUGGAGUUCCCACCAGAAUAAGUAAUUAAGUUACAGUGACCUGAACAUUCCACCAAGAAAACACGUGGUUCAGAGUAGCCCACCUUCCUCAGGAUUCGAAGCUGACUUCGUUGCAUAAGCCCCAAUGGUCGUGCUAACCCCACUCUUAUUAAUCUGUCAGGAGGGUUCUGAAGAUUCAUUCUUUAUUAAGAGACCUUAACAACAAUACAUCUAGACUCAGACAUAGCAGUCUGUUCUAACGAAGGCCACAUGGGCUGAUAUCUGGCGAUAGUAAUCUCCUCGUUGUCUAUAUUGUAAGUGUUGAUGAAAAUAACUUUUAAAUAUGUCUGGAGACAAGUUCUGCAAGGGAGAGGCCUUUUAAAUGUACUUAGUGCACUGGAUGGGGAUACUGUCAUCCACACUUUGGUUUUCUAUGUGAGAAUCCCCUUUUUGUACACUACUCAGAGUCCUGUUUUCCAGUAGGCCUGUGCUGGAGAAUAAACAAACCUGUAACGUCCUAGACAAGGGUAGAAACUGUACCUCCAGGCGUCUGGUCCCUCCUUCUUCACCCCCACCAUCUCCCCUACCCAGGGCCGGUCCCGAAGGAGGUGACAUCCCACAUCAAGAAGACCUAAUUCUGGACAUCUGGGUGGGCCUUUGAGCAUUACCUGGAAAUGUUGUCAGGUCUGCCCCCAUGAUGUGCUCACUUGGACGUAGGACGGCUACAAGGUGGUGCUGCCCUGGGCUCCCUGAUACCCAGUGUCCCAGGAUAGAGGCUGCUUCUCUGAGGAAGCUUCCAGGAGGUGCUGUGGCUCCGAGUGUAAGAGCGCGCACAUGCGUGCGUGUGUGUGUGUGUGUGUGUAUACAUACACUUGUUUCUUUUGUGGAUAGACCUCUCGAUUUUAGUUGCAUUUAUAUAACUGACCUAAAAUUUUUACCAAGAGCAUAUAAUGACCUAUUUUGAAAAUUACACUUAAAAUGCUUUUUGUGGACCCGUCAGCAAUAACUAGGAGUCUCUGUGCUAAACAGAGUUGUUUGUAUAUGCAACAAUUUUGAAUAUUUUUUUAAUACAAGAAAAUUAGGGAAGAAAAGAGAACCAUUUGCUUAUGUCCCAUUUUCAGUGAGGAGUCAAUUCAAGUAAAGAACCACUUCAUGGGCUUCCAUUUACUAAUGUUUCCUAAGGUGCAAUGAAGUGAUUUAAGUUCUGUGACCAGUCCCACUGUAUUUCCUAUCAGAGCCCUGACUUCUGGUUGCCACCUGUCCCUCCAGGGACUCUCCAGAAAUAGCAGGAAGCUCGGGCACCGGCGCCUGGACAGUGCCCAGCGCCGCCCCCGUGAGCUCCAUGCAGGGUGGGGGGGGUGGGGUCAUUUGAUCGCAACCCACCCUGAGUAGGUUCUGCUUGGCCUUCUCUGGUGAUUUUGAAAAAUGAGAACAUUUUUUAAGAAGGUAGAAUGCCUUUUACUUCUUUUAAAUCUGUUUAUCUAGUUUGAGUUUUAUUACCAGAUGCAUGAGUUUAAUAAAGAAUAGAUGGCUCAGUAUUCUGAUUUUAGGUUUGCCCACUUUCCUUCUUGAUGUAAGUCCUGUGCUCCACUUGCAAAGAACACGAGAGAAAUAAACCAAGAGCCCCCAAAUGGAUUUUGUAUGGAUUUCUUGGGAAUCUUGUUUUCUCCCUUUUUCCUCAUUUUAACCUCGUAUUACAUAAUGCAGAUGCCCCCACAAUACACACACACGCACUCUGUCUGUCACACACACACACACA